AUGAGCAAAUCGAAGAAAGAGUUUAGAGAAAUACAAAAAAAGGAUGUAACAAAGAGUAAAGAAAUCAAGGACCUGUUUGGAGGCUCCUGUGAUAUGUGUAGAUCAAUUAUCUGUAGGCAGUGCUCUGGAGUAUCAUCGAGCGAGAUUAGAGUGCUAACUGCUCAAACAAGAGUUGUAACAUACUAUUGCCCUGAGUGUGUUGAGAUUAUACGUACAUCAGUCAAAAACCUUCCAACUCUGAAGGAACAGAUUAGCAGCAUUGAAAAGAAAUUGAGCGUCCUUGAACUGCCUCACAAAGAUACUGUGGACAGGGUUCCAGUGAUAAAUGAGGCAACCAGAAAACCUGCAGAUGACGAGUUGUCUAAUGAUUUCUUUGUUGCAUUAACAACUAACAGAAAGAAUAUACUCAAUUCCCAAACUGAACUCAUUGGCUCACAGUUAAAUAAUGUAGUUAACAACAUUAAAGACGCCAAUAAGGAGUUGAUUAGAUUUCUUACUCAGAAUAAUGAAAGUGCCACUCCUGAGCAGCACAAAAUUGGAUCCACCCAAUUGUUGGGUGCUGAACAGCGCAUAAAGGGCUCAAAUAAGAGUAGCUUGGGACUAGCAGCAGCAGCUAAGCAAUCAUGGUUCUAUGUGGGGAAUCUAAGUGGUAACACCACGGCAGAUCAACUUAAAGCUCAUUUGGAAUCCAAUAAUAUACCAGCUCAGAUUGAUAAAGAAACAGACGAAAGUAAUGAUGUAGAUGAUGAUACCGCUUUGCAAGAUAUGAAUCCGGACUCUGAGGAGCCCCAGAAGACUAACGACAUACAAGAGCCUGACGAGACUGAAGAGCAUCAUGAGAUUCAGAAGCCUCACGGGACUCAGCAGUCUCACGAGACUCAUGAGCUUCGCGUGACCCAGGAGCCCAACGAGUCUCAGCAGACUCCAAAGACUCGGAUUAGAGUCAGUAACAAGGAAAGAAAACCCCCUCAGAUGACUCAUAGUAUCCCGAACAAAAAACGUGCAGUUGAAAAAUUGGAUGCUGCUUUCGAAAUUCUAACAAAGGCAUCGAAUAAGGAACCACCGCAGGAUCCAAGCGAAUGUCAAAUAUUUGGAAAUCUUGUAGCCAAGAAACUUAGUAAAUAUUCGAACGUAGCACAAACGGCAGUACAAGAAGCCAUCAUGAAUAUUUUAUUUGCGGCAGACAAGGGGUAUUAUAAUCAAUAUCCCGCUCCAAGAGGUUAUCAAUCAAACAAUUAUUCCACAAUCCAAAGCGAACUUGUACAACGUGAUUCGGUUUACCAAGAUACUCAGUUGAUACAAUCCCCAUAUUCACCCCGUCCCGCAGCUCAUUGGGAUUUUGCAACUGACGCAUCAUCCCAAGCGCCUCAGUUUUCACCGGUACCACUGCCACUAAUAUCUCCAGCAUCAGCAAGUUCACAAUGCUCGGGUAUGACAAAUUAUUCCGCUUCUACCAGCAAUCCACCCCCAUUUACCAGUGCAACAUUACUAACUGAUUUAAACUUGCCAGAUAAUUAAAUGAUAUUCAAGAACAAAAUUUUAUAGAAAAAUGUUUUAUAAUAAAGAAUUUUGAGCAAUAAAUAAAUCAACAUACCUGUAUAUUCUCCUUCAACCCUUCUAUGAGAGCUUCACACACUUCUGGUACUAUAGCGCUUAUCGAUUGUUUCGAAAUUUUGAACAGAUAUUGCAGACUCGUGAAGGAAUCUCCAGUCGCCAGAAAACGCAUUGUUACUGCCAAUCUUUCCUGAACCGAAAUAGCUUGUCUCCAAUUAGUGUCUCUUCUUGAUACUUUUGGACCGAUUAGGUUAAUCAAAAAUU